AUGGAUACAUUCCUCAUACUCCUCUCCCUCGCCGGCUCAGCCGCUCUCUCCCUCCUCCUACGCCUCCUCCUCCUCCCCUCUAAGUCGGACCGUGAACUUCCCCCUGGCCCACCUUCCAUCCCUAUUCUCGGCAACCUCCUCUGGCUCCGCCGCCCAGUCUCCAACUUCGAACACUACCUUCUCAAAGACCUCCAUUCUCAAUACGGCCCCAUAAUCACCGUCCGCAUCGGCUCCCGCCGCUCGAUAUUCAUCUCCGACCGCUCACUAGCCCACAAAGCACUAGUUCAACUCGGCGCUGCUUUCGCCGACCGCCCUACUCCUCUCCCUGCUAGUCGCCUACUCAGCAGCAACCAACACAACAUCACCGCCGGCUCCUACGGCCCGAUGUGGCGCCUCUUCCGCCGCAACCUUGCCUCCGAAAUCCUCCAUCCCUCAAAAGUCCGCCUUUUCUCUCCUGGCCGCGAGUGGGUCCUCGACGCCCUCUUCCGUGACCUGAAAAACCAGUCAUUGGGGGCUCCAGACGCCGCUGUCACCGCCAUUGAGAGCUUCCAGUUCGCCAUGUUCUGCCUCCUUGUUCUCAUGUGCUUCGGGGAGAAGCUCGAUGAGAAGAAAAUACGGGAGAUUGAAACUGCGCAAAGAGAGUAUCUGCAGUACUUUAGCAAGCUCGGCGUGUUCGCUUUUUUGCCGACUGUAUCGAUGUACGUGUUCCGGAGCAGGUGGAAGACAAUGGUUCGGUUGAGGCAGAGGCAGGCCGAUCUGUUUGUUCCGCUGAUUAGAAUUCGGAAGGCGCAUAAGGAGAACAAGAGGGAGGAGAAAGACGAAAGGUUUGUUCACUCGUACGUCGACUCACUUCUUGAUUUAACACUCGAGGAGGAAGGAGGAAGAGCUCUGACUGAAGAUGAAAUAGUGACGCUCUGCUCCGAAUUCUUCACCGGCGGAACAGAUACCACGGCGACGGCGCUUCAGUGGAUAAUGGCUGAGCUAGUGAAGAACCAGGGCGCGCAGGAGAAGGUAUUCGAGGAGAUAGAGACUGUGGUGGGAAAAAAUAAAGCAGAAAAAAUAUUGGAAGAGGAUUUGCAGAGAAUGCCGUACUUAAAAGCGGUGAUCAAGGAAGGAUUGCGGCGUCACCCGCCGGCGCAUAUUGUGAUACCGCAUUCGGUGACGGCGGACAUUGAGUUUGAAGGAUAUUUGAUACCUAGAAAUGCCACAGUUAACUUUCUCGUGACGGAGAUGAAUUGGGAUGAGAGAGCGUGGGAGGAGCCUAAGAAGUUUAAGCCGGAGAGGUUUAUGACGGGAGGGGAUGGGGAAGGCGUGGACAUGACGGGGAGUAGGGAGAUAAAAAUGAUGCCUUUUGGGGUGGGAAGGAGGAUUUGCCCUGGACUUGGACUCGCCAUGCUUCAUUUAGAGUAUUUUGUAGCUAAUCUGGUGAAGGAGUUUAAGUGGGAGACGGUUGCAGGAGAGGAGGUGGACUUGUCGGAGAAACCUGAGUUCACAUUGGUGAUGAAGAAUCCGCUGCGAGCUCAAUUGGCUCCAAGAAUGAAGGCUUAAGGUUUGGUGAUGGCGCAGUCUCUUGUCAUGAUUUGUUUGAUUUACAUAGUGCUUUGUGUUGCAUUGCUUGGUAUUAUUUCUUGUGUUUUGGUUGAAAUGCUUGUCUUGUUG